AUGCAAAAGACUAAAGGGGAUACAUUUGAUCUUCGGGCUGAAGAGGAUGCCGCCCGUCGACUUAACGUAGGUAAAGCAGUUACCAGUAAUUCAUCGUAUGCAGGACUCAAAUCACGAGCGAAGAAAACAGACUUGAUAGGUAAAUCAGCGUUGAAAGAAAAAGUAGAAGCUAUAGCUAAAGAUCAUGGAGUGACAUUCGAUAAUGAAGUAUCAUUAUAUCUGUUAUCAUCAAUCGAAAAUAGAAUCAGGUCAUUACUUUCUUCUGCAUUACAAGCACAACAACAUCGAACGCAAUCAUCACAUUUGCGUACUCCUCCUAUCUAUUCCUCAUCCUCCUCUUCAAGCGGACCUUCAAGGAUGACCACGUCGAUGAAUGAAGGUAGAUCAAUGUGGAGUCAUCUGGUCAAUUCAGAUCCUAAUUCAGUCAUGGACGCAGUGAACAAAUCGUAUCGUGAAGAAGAACAAGAAUUCAGGAAAUUCAGAAUGACGAGAUUAGCUAAAGAAGCUGAAUUACAAAAGAUAAAAGAACGUCAAUCUUCUCUAGGACCAGGAUCAGACAGUUAUAUCAACGGAGGUAUGGGUAUGGGCAUGGGUAUGGGGAUUGAUGAUCAAGCCGGGCCUUCUACGCCCAUAUCCAAACCUUCUUCCUCAUCUAUCAAUACACCUAUAGGUGGCGGUGGAGGGGGAGGGGGAGGAGGAACACCAAUGUUUGGUGCUAUCAAAGAGUCAAAUAGUAGUAGUACCAAGAAAUCAAUCAAAAAAUCAUUGAAUCCAAGAGACGUUUCAGCUGAAGUUCAACAUAAAAUGGCUAAUGCAACAGCUAUGAGAUCAGUUGGCAUGGGUAAAAAAUACGGUUGGAUGACCGGAAACGUUCCUACCAUCUCAUCUCCCUUAGCUAACAAUUCAGGAUCAAGUUCAAGUAAAAAAAGAAAAGCUGAAAAAGAUUCAAACAAACAAUCAAAAUUGAAAGAAUCAUCUCUAUUCGGUUCUGGUUCUGAUACGAAUAAAGCAGAUAAAGAUAAAUCAAUCGAACCUUCUACGCCAAAUGCUGUUGGAUCAGGAUCAACACCAGAAAGUGAGAGAGAAAAGGAUAGACCAACCAAAAAACAUAAACCCACAAUAACGAAUCCGACAAGAAGGUUAAUAUUGACAGAUAAGGAUGAUAAAAGUACUGGUACCGGAGAAAAAAGGGUUCAAGAUGAUAAAUGCCUGACUUUGGUAGAUCUAGUAUUCGCAUUAGAACAUAGAGGCCUGGGAGGGAAUGGUGUUGGGAAAGAAGAUGACAUUUUAAGGAAGAUUUGGGCGGGCAAAGGUGGUCCUUGGGGAGAAGAUGGAUGGGAUGGGAGGAAGUAG